UCCAGUUGUCUCCUCUUCCCCUCCAGCUCAUCCAGUUGUCUCCUCUUCCCCUCCAGCUCAUCCACUUGUCUGCUCUUCCCCUCCAGCUGAUCCACUUGUCUGCUCUUCCCCUCCAGCUGAUCCACUUGUCUGCUCUUCCCCUCCAGCUGAUCCGGUUGUUUCCUCUUCUCCUGAAUGACCCCAAGGAUGGAGAAGGACAGGAAUGAGAUGACUAAGAGAAUAUUACACUUCACCUUGGAGAUCCUCCACCUGCUGACCGGAGAGGAUUAUACCAUAGUGAAGAAGACAUCGGGGGAGUGUGUGGCCCCCAGCAGCCAUCUCCAUGAGUCAGGAGGACAGAGCAGGGCCCGGGGCCCCAUCACGGAGCCUCCACCUCACUCACUGCUACAUGAGGAGAAGAUCCUAGAACUCAUCCACAGGAUCACUGAGCUGCUUACUAGAGAGGUUCCUAUAAGGUGUCAGGAUGUGGCGGUCUAUUUCUCCAUGGAGGAGUGGGAGUAUGUAGAAGGACACAAGGAUCUGUACCAGGACAUUAUGGAGGACCCCCGGACCCUCACAUCACAAGAUAAUUCCAAUAAGGAGCCUGAGGGAAUCUUCAUGUUAUCACUAAAUUAUACUGAAGAAGAAAUCAUGCAGCACUCCUCAUGGGUAAACCCCAUUACCCUUAAUGUCCAUCCAGGACUUCACAGGACAGAACUAUCCUAUAAUAAUCCUCCAGAUCAUGAGGAACCAUCUCCUGACCGAUCACACAUUAUUACCUCAUGGAGAGAUCUAUCCUAUAAUAAUCCUCCAGAUCACGAGGAACCAUCUCCUGACCGAUCACACAUUAUUACCUCAUGGAGAGAUCUAUCCUAUAAUAAUCCUCCAGAUCAUGAGGAACCAUCUCCUGACCGAUCACACAUUAUUACCUCAUGGAGAGAUCUAUCCUAUAAUAAUCCUCCAGAUCACGAGGAACCAUCUCCUGACCGAUCACACAUUAUUACCUCAUGGAGAGAUCUAUCCUAUAAUAAUCCUCCAGAUCACGAGGAACCAUCUCCUGACCGAUCACACAUUAUUACCUCAUGGAGAGAUCUAUCCUAUAAUAAUCCUCCAGAUCACGAGGAACCUUCUCCUGAUCCACACAUUGUUACCACAACAACGGAUCGGAAAGGAGAUGAAAAUUCUGAAGGAAAUAAAUAUGGUGAAGAGUUUACAACAAACUCAGAUCUUAAUACACAUCGGCAAAGGCCAUAUUCAUGCUUUCAGUGUGGGAAAUGUUUUGCCCAGAAAAGAGCUCUUGUUAAACAUUUGCUGUUUCACACAGGAGAGAAGCCAUAUCCAUGUUCAUUAUGUGGAAACUGUUUUACAUCAAAAUCAAAUCUUCUAAAACAUGAGAGAAGUCACACAGGAGAAAAGCCAUAUUUAUGUUCAGAAUGUGGGAAAUGUUUUGCAGAAAAAGCUAAUCUUGUAAAACAUGUGAGAAUUCACACAGGAGAGAGGCCGUAUGCAUGUUCAGAAUGCGGGAAAUGCUUUAUCACUAAAGACAAACUCAAGGUUCAUGAGAGACUUCACACAAGAGAGAAAUUAUUUCCUUGUUCAGAAUGUGGGAAAUGUUUUACAGAAAAAUGUCAUCUUGUUAGACAUGAACGAGUUCACACAGGGAACAAGCAAUUUUCAUGUUCAGAAUGUGGGAAAUGCUUUGCUGAUAAAUCACAUCUCGUUAGGCAUGAGAGAAAUCACACAGGGGAGAAGCCAUAUUCUUGUUCAGAAUGUGGGAAAUGUUUUAUUACCAGAAGCAAACUAACUGGUCAUUACAGAAGCCACACAGGAGAGAAGCCAUUUACAUGUUCAGAAUGUGGAAAAUGUUUUACAGAGCUAACAAGUCUUAUUAGACAUGAGAAAGUCCACACAGGAGAGAAGCAGUUUUCAUGCUUGGAAUGUGGAAAAUGUUUCAUAAAUAAAUCAGAUCUGGUUAGACAUGAGAGAAUUCACACAGGGGAGAAGCCAUAUUCAUGUUCAGAUUGUGGGAAAUGUUUUACAGAUAAAUCAAGUCUUGUUAGACAUGAGAGAAGUCACACAGCAAAAAAGCCAUUUCCAUGUUAUCAUUGUGAAAAAUCUUUUAUUACUAAAUCCAAACUCAAGGAUCAUCAGAGAGUUCACACAGGGGAGAGACCAUUUACAUGUGCAGACUGUGGGAAAUGUUUUACAGUGAAAUCAGUUCUUGUUAGACAUGAGAGAAUUCACAUAGAAGAGAAGCCAUUUAAGUGUUUAGAUUGUGGAAAAAGUUUUACAGAUAAAUUAAAUCUUGAUGCACAUGAGAGAAGUCACAUGGAGAAGAAGCAGUUCCCAUGUUCAGAAUGUUGGAGAAGUUUCCAAGAAAAAUCAAACCUUAUCAGACAUCUGAAAAUUCACACAGGGGAGAAACCACAUUCAUGUUCAUUAUGUGGGAAAUGUUUUAGAGAUAAAUCGCAUCUUGUUAGACAUGCGAGAAUUCACACAGGAGAGAAGCUGUAUACAUGUUCAGAAUGUGGGAAAUGCUUUAUUACUAAAGACAAACUAAAGGACCAUCAUUUAAGUCAUGUAGCAUAGAUGCUGUUCACAUGUUUUUAAAUGUUAAUAAAUCACAGACAGAAGUGGA